UGAUAUCACUUACUGAAUACCCACUUAGAGAAUAUAGAAAGCCAGCACUCAAGCCCUAAUUGUUUCCAACCCCAAUCCCUCCGUCAAAUCCUAUCUCCAGCGAGUCUUCCCCUCUGGCCACACCUCAAUAGGGCGCGCUUCUAGGUCUGUUAAGAUAAAAUUGCUAAUCGUGCAUUUUGGGGACAAAGUUAUUCUCGAGAAUGCAAUGGAGAGAUUUCUUUCACUCGCUGUUAGUCCUUGAGAAAUAGCUCUGCGAUGGGCAAUGGAAAUUUCUUCUAUGGGAAUAUACCAAGGAUAAAUAUGAUAUUCCUGAAGCUGGAAAAAAACUAUACUUUGGAAUCAGUACAAGCUGCCUGGAGAAAGCACAAAAGUAGAUUGAAAAAAGAUCACUUUGACGCCUAUCAUAAUGAUGAAACUCCACUGCAAAAUAUCCCUGAAGAUGUUCCAGCUUCUCAGUUUAAGGAACUCCUUAGGUAUUGGAACUCAGAGAAACUCCAGAGAAUGUCCCAAAUUAAUAUUGAGAAUCGAAAAAAGUUGAAGAAUCCUCACACUGCUGGAAAAAGAAGUUUUGCUUUAGUUCGCUCUAAGUUGGAAAACGAGAGGGUAACUUCGGAUCCUUUAUCAGCAAAAGAAGUCUUUGUAGCUACAAGAAAAAGGAAAGAUGGGCGAUCAUACAAGUGCUAAGAUGAAGAUGCAGCUAGUAGAAUUAUACAAAUUAUAUUUAACUGAUGUUAUAUCGAGAUCAAUUAUUUGUUUUUAUUAGUUUGUUUUUUAUUUAUAUGUUCUAUUUGUUUGAAUUUGCUUUGAAAGCUGCAAUGGAGAAAAUUGAAGCCCAACAAAACAAAAAUGGCAAUGAGUCCGUAGAGGCAUUUGCAUCUGUCAUGGGACCUGAACAUCCGGGACAUUUGAGAUUGAUUUGGUUUGUCUGUUGCGGAUUCUAGUUUGUUGUGUGUUGCUUAGCCCCUGUUUGGCCAUA